CCAACAUAUGCACAUUGAUUAGAUAAGACAUUUGAUCAUGAAUGGUUACGAUGCAGACGUCUAAAAAUCGGAUAUUAACACAUAAAAAAGAAUCAAAAGGAUAGGUAUGCCAAGACAGCAGAUUAUUUUUUUCCUCCUCCCAACCAUUCUCAUAUGUACUGUUUUUGUAAUUAUCAUUGCACACUACAAUACCUUUCAAGGGAGACAUCGACCAAAGACUAUUAAAACAUAUGGAAAGCCGCUUUCAAAAGGACAAACAUUUCUUACCAAUAUGACAUUGAGAUAUGUACGUAAUCCUGGACCGAUGAAAAUAGUUCAGGACGUCGAUUGUCAGCAAAUCAUUGAAGGUAAAGACGACUAUAUCGCACAUGUGUCUGAACUGAUGAAAGAAAUGGAGUAUACUUUUCUAAGCGACAGUGAAAUUGAAGAGCUUGCGAUGAAUUGUGACAAGUUUUUGAAUACCUUUGACUCUAAUCGAUUCAUAGUGUCAAAAAUUGAACUAGAUUUUCCCAUUGCAUAUUCCAUUCUAACAUACAAAGAUGUUGUUCAGAUUGAAAAACUUCUCAGGGCUAUAUACCGGCCUCACAAUGUUUACUGCAUACACAUGGACCGUAGUUCCGGUCUUUCAUUGCAUAACGCCAUUAAAGCUAUUUCAAAAUGUCUGUCUAAUGUUUUCGUUGCAUCGACGCUGGAGGAUGUCAUCUACGAGGGUUAUUCUCGACUGAAAGCAGACCUCAACUGUAUGUCUGACCUCUUGAAUUAUUCAGAUGUAAAUUGGAAAUAUCUCAUCAAUUUACCUUCUCAAGAAUAUCCCUUGAAAACUAAUUCAGAAAUUGUGAAAGUGUUACAGACAUUAAAUGGAACAAACAGCAUUGAAAGCUAUUAUUACGAAGCAACACACUACCGAAUCAAUCAGACAUACCAAGAAAAUUACAAAACAUCCAAAUUGGAACUUACGGGAGAGAUCAAAGCUCCACCCCCUCAUAACGUAACGGUAGCCAAAGGGAGUGCAUACGGUACAUUUAGCAGACGUUUUGUGGAGUUUGCCUUGAGAAAUCCCAAAGCAAGGGACAUCCUGAAAUGGACUGAAGAUACUUUGAGCCCUGAUGAAACUUUCUGGGCCACUCUUGCUUUCAACAAAGACCUUGGUGCUCCAGGCAUACAAUACUCAGCUUCAGGGGUUCCAAACCCGAAAUCAUGGAUAACUGUUGGUGUGAUGUGGGAGUCCAAGGGACCAGCAAGGGAGGUCUGUCAUGGGAUGUACGUCCGAAAUAUAUGUGUUUUCGGAUUAGGAGACUUAAAUAAAAUAGUACAAGAAAAAACCCUUUUUAUCAACAAAUUUUAUCACUAUUAUCAACCUUUUGCCUUGAUGUGUAUAGAAGAGUGGUAUUUCAACAAGACGUUUUCAACUGUACCUUUUGGAAGUUAUUAUUAUAACCGUUUAAUAAAACCUUAAGAUAGUUACAUAUCUAUGAUAUCAGAAGUUGAAAUGUAUAGCUUUAUUCUAUAUUCUAUAGAAUUAACGGAGCUAUUUUUGUAUAUAUGAA